AGCGACCGCGCCGUUUCGGCACGUUUUAAAAUAUGAAUUUCAUAACCAUAAAAGUGGACUUACUGAUACUGAUAUUUCUUGUAAUAAGAACAGUGGGAGUGUUAAGUAAAGACUUGGAUGAAAAAGAAAGGACCGCAAGGGCAUCAUUUGUACAAAGGCUUGUAAAUAAACACAAACAUUUGGAAGGCAGAAUUCGACUUAUUGGAGGAAAAGAUAAAUACGAGGGCAACGUAUACAUCUACCACGCUGGACGAUGGGGCGCGAUCUGUGACGACUCCUGGGACAACGAAGCAGCCGAAGUUGUCUGCAAAUACUUCAAUAGAUCUGGUGUUGCUACGUAUGGAGGACAGUUUGGGAAGACUAUAAGAAAGUACUGGAUGGAUGAUGUAGUCUGCGAAGGAGAUGAGCAAUCUAUAUCUCAGUGCAUCUUUUCUGGGUGGGGAUCUACUGACUGCGAUGUCACAGAAGCGGCUGGCGUUGUAUGCAGGAAUAAAGUUUCCGCUAAUCGUGUAAAGAGGAAGAAACAACUAAAGAAUAUACAUGAAGUUCUGGAUUUAAAUACUGCCAGUUUGAGAUUGGUUGGUGGAAGGAAUAAUAACGAGGGGAGAGUUGAGAUUUACCAUAAUGGAUCCUGGGGUAGUAUAUGCCCCGAAAGCUGGACUUUAUAUGAAGCUGCAGCUGUUUGUCGACACUUGGCACUCGAAUAUGCUGAACUCGCUUCACAGACUAAUUUAUUUGGCGCAUCUAGGAUUGUACUCAGCGGUGUACACUGCCAAGGCAAUGAAACCAAUCUAUUCCAAUGCCAGCACGAGGAUUUGGGAAAUGUUAAAUGCCGUAGUGAAGUUGGUUAUGUAGCGUCUGUAGUCUGUACCCGGAAGUUGGCAGACCUGCAGUUAGAUACCAUAGUGAUCGAACGUACAGCGCAUCUUCAAGAUGCUCCCAUGUACCAGCUCACGUGCGCUAUGGAGGAGAACUGCCUUAGCAAAUCUGCUUAUGAGAUCCAAAAAACCAACCCAGGAUGGCAGCACGAAACACGACGUCUCCUUCGGUUCACAGCGACGUCCCUCAAUAUUGGCAACGACGAGUUCCGGCCCUAUUUGCCGAAGCACUUAUGGCAGUGGCAUUUAUGUCAUAUGCAUUACCACAGCAUGGAAGUAUUCGCGACAUUCAAUGUACUUAAUUCGACGGGUCACAGAAUAGCUGAAGGACAUAAAGCAUCUUUUUGCUUGGAAGACAACACCUGUUUACCAGGAGUCGAGAAAAAGUUUAAUUGCAAGAAUUAUGGAGACCAAGGUGUUUCCGUCAACUGUUCUGAUGUGUACCAGUAUAACCUGGAUUGCCAGUGGGUGGAUGUUACUGAUGUUUUACCUGGAGACUACACUUUAAAGGUUUCGGUCAACCCACACGCCAGAAUUGCAGAGCAGAACUUUCACAACAACGCAGCUAGAUGUAACCUUCGACUAUCUGACUCUUAUGCCUCUGUCUUUGGGUGUGUAUUGGAACGACCAUAAAACCUUUAAGUCUUGACGAGUUGAGUGCGCAUUCUACGCUUUUUGAUCAGUUCAGAGGGUUGUCGCACCUUUUAAAAUUAUUUUAAUAUAUUUUUUAAAUGAAAAACUAUUUUUUUUGUCUAUAUUGUUUUUAAUUUCAUUAAACUUAUACAUACUAUCACAAUAUUUCAUAACUGUAUUGAGCAAAACC